UGACUAAGGAACGUCACACGCUCCCGCGCGCACGCACGCACGCACUCGCCUCUCUUUCCCUUCCCCCCCGCCCUCAGCAUGCCAUGGGGAACAGCUGGGCGGCGCAGUGGUGCUGCUGGCUCUUCCCGAGGCGGGAAGCGGGACGGAGCCAACGAGGAGGAGGCGGAUCAAAAUACUUCAGAACAUGUUCAACAGGAGAACAUUUCACUAUAGAGUUUGAGAACCUAGUGGAAAGUGAUGAGGGUGAAAGUCCAGGAAGCAGCCAAAGACCUUUGACUGAAGAAGAAAUUGAAGAUCUAAGAGCAAGGCAUUACAAUUCCAUUGCUGAAAAACAAAGAACUUUAGAUGAUAAACUUCUGUCAGAGUUAGCCAUACAAGAGGAGAAGUUAAGAAUAGAAGAGGAGACUUUAUAUGCUGCACAACGAGAAGCAGCCAGGGCAGCAAAGCAGAGAAAGCUCUUGGAGCAACAAAGGUUGCAGAGGAUAACUCAAAGAGCAAAAUCAGCAAACAGUGGAGAUAAUCAAAGCUCAGUGACAGAGGAGGAUUUCGAUUCUCAUUUGAGAAAUGUAAAACUACAGUAUGACGCUUUUCGGAGUAGCAGGCUCUCAUCAGAUGCUACUGUUCUGACGCCAAACACAGAAAGCAGUUGUGACUUAAUGACCAAAACCAAAUCAACAAGUGGAAAUGAUGAUAGUAAUUCCUUAGAUUUAGAGUGGGAAGAUGAAGAAGGUAUGAACAGAAUGAUCCCGUUACGAGAGCGUUCAAAAACUGAAGAGGAUAUACUCCGGGCAGCCCUAAAAUUUAGUGGCAAGAAAACUGGAAGUAACCCAACUUCAGCCUCUGAUGACUCUAAUGGUUUGGAAUGGGAGAAUGAUUUUGUUAGUGCUGAAAUGGAUGAUAACGGCAACUCGGAGUAUGCUGGAUUUGUAAAUCCUGUCUUAGAACUGUCUGAUUCAGACAAAAAGACAUUUGGUGCUGAUCAACAAGAUAGAUAAUGAAAUCAUGCAGCUCUUUACUACCUGACCAAAUGGUUGAAGUUGGACAAAACGUAUAAAUCUGUAUUGUGCACAAUCCCCUAUCAUUGCUGCUGAACAGCCUCCUUCAAGGAAGUUCCCCAGUGAAAGUAUUCGGUGAACUGAGCUCCAGAUUUCUUUUAGAAAAAGGAAACCGUGUAAUUUAUGUCAGUUAAAGAAUGAGUAUGGUUUGCUAUCUGAAUUCAGAUUUUUAAGUGCAAUUUUAUCAUCUACCUUUAAAAAUUUUAUGAAAAUACUUCAGUGAUUAUGUUGUGUCUUCUUGGGUUUUGGUAUACAUUUGUCUGCACUAAUUAAAACAUCACAGCUUGAUAUUCUAAUCAACCAUCUUAUUCUACAGCUGUAUUUCUGAUUUCCUCAAAUAUUGACAUUAGUGUAAUAGUUAACACCUUUAAUACUUGAAUCAUGAAACUAUAGUGCAGUUUUAUAACUUCCUCUCUUCUGUUUGAUUUGUUCUGAAAAUAAUAGUGAAAUUUUUCAUGUGGAUCUAUCCCUUUCAAUUUAUUUAUUGACUUUACAAAAAUAUUCAGACUCAAGCACAAUGGAUCCUGCACCUAAAGAGAAGUGCUAAAAAAUUCUUUUAAGAGAAAUGUGUGCAGUAAUAAAUAGAGAAGUAUAACUUUUUGAAGGCAUCUGCAUUAUUUAAAACACUGGAAGCUUAAAUUCAGGUAUUUGGAAACAAAACUUUAUAGAGAACCAAAAUAAAGGUUCUAUUUUUUCCACAACUUGAAAUGUCAAAUGCUGCUAAUAUAUUUUGUUGCAUUUUUUAAGUUGUACAAAAUUAAUUUUCUUUGGCAGUUACUAUUUUAAUUAUAGCUGAUUAUAGUGGACGCUCAGAAAACAGUCCGCUUUGAAGUGAGGGAAAACACACAAAUACUUUCUGUGACUGUUUGUAUUAUUUCUGUGCCUGGAAUUCCAAUCCAAAGCUCUUUCCCAGGUGUUGUGAGGUUGCAUUUAUGUAAACAAGACUAGUUAUUAAAAAGCGGUUAUUUGAUCCAGGCUUAAUUGCUGGUGUUUUUCUGAAUAAUGAUUAUUUUGCCCAAAUAUUUAAUUUUUCUUACAAAGGGUCUUGUAGAUUUUCAUUCUCAAUAAAAGUUCCUGAGUGUCAGUGAAUUCUUCUGGCACUUGUGAGACUACAGAAAAGCCUAGGUAUUCUCCUGUGAAACUAGUUUUUGUUUGUUUGUUUUUCCCUGAAAGGAAAGCUACUUUGAAGUGGAGCUUGCUCGUUCAUAAUGUACAUUAAGUCUACCACAUAGACUCUGGAUUUCAUAGGAAACUUCAAUAUUGCAGAGUUAGAUUGGGGUGCAAGACUACUUGCUUUGCAUUAUUGCCCCCUUGGUGAGUUGCUGGGCUGCAUGCUUUCCUGCUCUCCUACUGUGGGGUCUUCUCCUUUCUAGCCCCCUAGAAGGAAAGCAGAGGUUCCUUGCAGUGGGCAUCUAAGAUGAAACUGUGCAGACAUGCUCAAUGCUCCCUGGCAGCAGCUGCUACAGCGGCAGGAAUUUAUAGCAGCACACAAUAUUAAAGGAUGGGCAUACAGAGCUUUAGGAGCAGCCUUAGCUUUGCUAUCAGUGGCAGCAUUAUGAUCAAUGGCUGAAACAAAAAACCUAAUGAUGGCAGCAUUUACUCUCCUUAGAUUCAUUGAAGCUAUUCACACGUGUGCCAAAAACUGGGCUAAGGAAGCCCAGCCCAGUUUUCGGUGUGCAUGUGUUCCAGCAGGAGCUGUGCGGCUCCUGGUGGUGUGGCGGCAGCAAGCCUGCGUAGCCCAGGUUUUGGGUGCGAGGGUGUCCAAAAACUGGGUUAAAUGCCAGCAUUGUGUAGCACCUACACACGAGUAGCCUCCUGACCGGUGCUGGGAGGCUCCCCACAAUGCACCAUGCAUUUGCACAAUGCAUUAUGGAAGUUCCAGAGGCCUCCUGGCCCCCAAACCACCCUUCUAUUGGCAGAAGCCAGCAAUCAUCUGGGCAGCCGAUCAUCUGUGGGGGAGAUAAACUUUUUCACGGCUUCCUCCCCUCGCCCCAUUCAAGGGGCAUUUGAAUGAACCCAUCUGAGCCCAUUUUCCAGUCGUGAGAAUGGGCUCAUUCUCUGCAUCUGCCCUCCACUGUCCUAUAAUAGGCCGUCAUUACUGGUAUUUUAUGAUUUGUUAGCUCAUUCCUCUCUUUCUCUCACAAGCCCUAUUCACAUUAUGUUCCACAAGUACAAUGUGUACACUAUACAUAGUGUAUACAUUGUACAUACACACAGAGAUCUGUACGCAGUUAUUAACAUGUUAUGUUCACACAGUUUCCUAUCUGUAUCCUGCAUUUAAGGGGGCCUGUAUCCAGGUUCACUUUUAAAAUGAAUGCAUGUAUAGUAAUUUGCACAGACACCUGUAAGCAGAGACAACAUAGUGUCUGAAUAGGGCUAUUAUCUGCAUUAAAUGAUGUAACUUUAUUCCAGACUCAAAAUGUUUAAUUUUUGUAACAUUACUCACCGCCCCAGUUAUGAUGGAUGUGGUCAGUGGCAGUAACCAAUUAUCAAAUGUUUGUAUAGCUAUCUUAAUGUAUGUAAUAUGCCAGGAACAUUAUAGACUGAUUUCCCCCUGUGCCUUUUGUUUAAAAUGACAGAAAUUGAUGCUAUAAACAUGACAACUUAACCCUUCUUAAUGUGUUGCAUUUCUUAAAUGGAAGCUUUAUUGCUUUAAAAAAAUUGAUGUUAAGCUCAUAUUCCAAUGCCUGUAAUAUGCUUUAUAAAGAUUUGUACACUUUAAA